AUGGUUGUUUCGGGAUAUGACAAAUUGCUUCCCGUGGAUGAUAUCAAGAGCUUGUUGAGUGAACAUUUCUCUUCAUGUGGAGAGAUCACAAAUGUUUAUAUUCCCACACGCGUUCGAAGCGAGAGUACUCGCAACAAAUAUGCUUUCAUUGAUAUCACCGGAGAAGACGCAGAAGAGAAGGCGUUGCGACUUAAAGGAAGUGACGUUGGAGGACACAAUGUAGUUGUUAAGGUUAUGCCGCCUUCGUCUGAAUGCUGUAAAGCUACUCCUGAACUUUAUGUUGAGUCGGCCGAACUCAUGGAGAGAGAACGCAUAACCCCCCGUGAGAAUGUUGUUAUGGUUUCGGGAUUUGACACUUCGUUUCCUGAGUACCGUGUCAAGGACCCGCUGACAAAAUAUUUCUCUGCAUGUGGAGAGCUCAGGGUUGUUUGUGUUCACCGAGAUGAUAACGGUCUUCUCUACAAGACUGCUACUGAUCACAUUGAGGGACUGAGAGAUGUCGUAGGAGAGAAGGCCUGGGCGCUUAAUGGAAGUGACAUGGGAGGAUGGAAAGCAAAGGUUGAGCGUUUUGUUGAACCAGAAGAAAUAAACUUCAACACUGUUUAUCGUUAA